GUUUAAAAUCAUUGUAGAAACAAUCACACUAGAAAAUGUAUCUGGUCAGAAUAGCAUUUUUAACCAGUUAUAUGGGGGUCCUUGUAACGUUAGCUAGCAUUGGCUGACGUUAGCACCAUUCAAGUCUGUGAUACUGAAGAUGUAAACUAUUUCAGACAGUCAACAUGUCGGGCUUAGGGAUCACAUCUGGUGGAAUACCUACGCUUUCCUCCUGGGGCCCACUAAAUGUACAGCCUCGGACACAUAAUGUUAGUACUUCAAAAGUAUGCAAGAAGUUUAAGAGGAAGGCCACAAAACGAAAGUCUAAAGAUAAGCCAGACGACAGCCGUGAAGCUCAUGGACCAACCAGCUCUGCAAAGAAACGGAAAGUCUGUGAGAUUCAAGGAGAUAAGAUAGAAGUCAGUGCACAUGCUGUCGGGCCAGGUGACGCUGUCUCGUUUGUUUCCAGUAAAAGCACAGGUGUCCAACUGUACACGGUUGAUCACUUGCAGCCCGGUGUUGAGAAGAGGGUUCUUCCACUCAAUGAAUAUUGGGAGUUGGACAGUGGUUUUGCCUCGGAGGCCAGCCCAUCCUCCAGUGGCCGAUGCUCACCCUGCGUUGGCAGCUGCCGUGUCAAAGUUGUGGCCUUGGACUGUGAGAUGGUGGGCACUGGUCCUGAGGGUCAUUGCAGUGAGCUGGCACGCUGCAGUGUGUUGAACUAUGAUGGUGAUGUGCUAUAUGACCAGUACAUUCAACCAAGCCAACCUGUCACAAACUACCGCACUCGCUGGAGUGGCAUCAGGAAGCAGCACCUUAAGAAUGCAGUUCCCUUUGAAAAGGCCAGGGCUGAGAUCAUAACCCUCAUUAAGGAUAAGGUGGUGAUUGGUCAUGCUCUUCACAAUGACUUUAAGGUCUUGGGGUUCUCUCAUCCACGGCAUAUGAUAAGGGAUACUUUGUCAUCUCGAGCACUUCUACAGAAAUGCGGCUUGCCCUACAAAGCUGGUUCUUCUCUUAAGACUCUAACACAAACACUCCUCAAUAGAAAUAUUCAGAUUGGGAAGGCAGGGCACUGCUCGGUGGAAGACGCCGGGGCUGCGCUCGAUCUCUACAAGUUGGUGGAGGAGCAGUGGGAGCAGGAUGCUGAGAAGGAGUCGGGGCACCCCAAGCCCGACCCCGUCCCUUCACUCAGCCACUACAUGUUGGACCAGUACUGGCCAGAGCAUAUGGACUGUAGCCAGUGAGCUGGCAGAGAGGUCUGAUGAUGCUGUAUUACUGUGUACAGGAGGAGCACAUGACAAACAGGGGUGUGUGCUCCACUGCCAGUAUCCUCUGAAAUUGAUGUUGCAGAUGAUGAGGGCUGUAGCCAGGUGGUAAUUGUGAGUGUUGUUUUUGGACACUUACACAAAAUGAAUUAAACGCCAGUAGAACUUUCGUAACUUUCCAUCGAGUUGCAGAGCACAACUUCUCAGCUGUAUGCAUUUCUGAGCCCAUUCACAUAUGGUGAAAGAGUUUCAAGUUGCACAAGAUGUGUCCUCAUUACUUAAUUAACUAAAAAAAUUGAUGCCUUAACCACAUGAACUGUCAGACUGUGUCAUCGGCAUGCCUCAGUAACGUUUUGAAAGAAGAUGGGUCAUUAUAUAAAACUAAUUAAAUAUGUAAAGCAUCAAAGACUUGUCACCUUCACAUACCAAAACAUUUGCAGUUACGUGCACACUGUUUAUUAAAUCCAUGAACUAAUGUGGUUAUUAUUCAGUGUUACAUUUGUGGUGGAAUAAACACUGCAAUUAUGAUAAUGAUGGUGUCUGCUACUUAAUGUUAACUUAAACAUUUGUUAAUGUUCUAUUUAAGACAUGGUAUGUUGUGGUAAAAUCAUAUAGGAUUAUUUAUGAAUAAAAGUAUUUUACAAUAUUGUU